GUCCUUGUUGCUCUUUGGGUUUAUUCACGCCUUCUCCUUUCUUCUACAGUCUGUUCCUCGUUCUCUCUGAUUAAGAUUUGCAGUUUCAAACAUUAUUCUCUGAUGAAGACGUUGGCCUCAGAAAGAGUUAGAGACUUAUUUUAAUGAACAGUUUCAUUGUAUCUAUCAUACCUAUUGUAAGUCAGAGGGAACAUAAAUCCCUGUUAAACUAUGUAAUACCAGGUUUUAGGCUUCACAGGGAACCAGUCUGGUUACAUCUACUCUACUGUUUACAUCGCGGUAGAGAGCCACAACACACAAGGUUUCCCUCUAAAAGCCAUACCACUAUGGCAUACUGAUAUUAAUCGUUACAUAUGCCCUCCUCUUAUCGCUGGUGUGUCGACAGAGGCCUGUCCCAAACGUCGGUAGAUAACAAUGUGGCUAAUCUAGUCCUGCCACGAAGGCUACAGAGAGAGACCGUUGUGUCCUCCCACCCCAGUGGGGUUUACCCCUUGGGGAUCCCCCUUUUGAAACACAAGGCGGACACAGCAGCUGUUUGUUCCCUACAGAGAUCACACAGAGGGAUGCCAGUGGCAGACAUCCGGAUCAUGUCCUCAGGGGCUGUGGUGGCAGCAGGUCAAAGGUCACAUCGUCUCUUUGCCUGGUUUGACCAUGAAGCCGCUGCGGUGGUGACCAUCCUGUUGGGGCUGUUCCAGCUGUUGUUGUCUGUCCCACUCGCCUACGCUAACCAAUCGCUGCCCAAAUUCUUCAUACUGCCACUGGUCUUAGGAGUUCUAAUUAUGACAGGAGGAUCCUUCACCUUCGCCAAUGAGAGGAACUCCAGCAGAAUCCUGCUUCGAGGCUGCGCGUGCAGUAACGUGGUUGGCCUGCUGGGGGCGCUGCUGGCCUUCUGCCUCUACUGCUACAGCCUCAGCAUGGUGUCCAACACAGAGCCGUGUGAGUCCCCGGAUCUCCGCCACGACAACACGAUGUCAUUGUACGAGUGUUCCGGGGCAGUCCUGAUGGCCUACUGCUGGAGUCUGACACUGCUGCUGCUGCUCUUUGACACGGGGGCCGUGGUCCUGCACUGCUUGCUGACUGUCUCCGCCCUCAAAGCACUCAAAACAGACUGACACACACACACACACACACACACACACAUGCACGCACGCGCAAACACACAUCAUGCUACAUCAGGAAUUACUCCAUACUGGCAUUACCUCCACAAAGCCAAUGGAAAUGUGCUUUCCAGAGUAAAUGUAAAAUAAUAAUAACCUUUCUGAUUAGUUGACAGGUGUCUAAUUAAAUCAUCAAACAGCUGAUGAGUUUCAUCACCUGUUGACCUGGUUAAUAAAGCCAUGGCAUAAGUGACAUAAUACCCCUUUUUCUAUUCAUAUACCAAAUAUUAAUAUUAGAGCCACGCAGAUAGCUUCCAUAUUGGACACAAUUAGCUUAUUGCAGAUAUAACAAUAUGAGUGUAAAUGUUGCCAAGGCCCUGUUUCAGAAAGCCGGUUCAGUGAAAACCUUGAGAUGAGGGAAACUCUGGGUUUGCAGUUCCAGAAAAAGAGCCAGCUUACAUUCUGGAUCUGUUACCACGGUAACUGACUCUGUGAACCUAAGCUGCUCGUAUCUAAGAGUGUCUCGUCUCUGAUUAAUUAGCGGUGGUUUACCGUAUUUUAAGAACUAAAAAAUGUGAACUCUGAUCAACUGUUCUGGAGCCGAAGUUUCCCAAGUCGGGGUUAGUUAAGUCAGAGUUCAGGGUUCGGCUCAGUUUGUUGAACCUGCUUUCUGAAAGAGGGCCAAGGUCAGUAACAGAAAAGGUCCAUCCGGCCAAAGAAUAGAAGUUUGAGGUCACUUUGUCUCAAUCAGCAUAUGCAUCACAGAAAAUAAAUAAAUACAAUAGAGUAACCCUUGUCAA